GACAGUGUUCAUUGGCGUGAUGAGACUGAAACGGCUACACAUACGGUACUACCCACCAGGAAUAUUCCUGGACUAUGAGAAAGGGGGGCAGCUAAGGACGAAAUCCAUCGAUCUGUUAAACUUGACUCCAGAGACUGAUGUGAAUGAGGUACUGUCAGACAUCAGAGCAGCUGAACCUCUCAUCACCUCAUCCUGCGCUGAGCAGGUUAAAGUCCUGAUUUGCAAACUACAAGAGAAAGUCGGCCAGAAGGAUGACCGCAAGUUCUACCUUUUCAGGGCACUUCAGGCUCACAUCUUGCCCCUGACAAAUGUAGCCUUCAAUAAAUCAGGAUCGAGUUUUAUAACCGGAAGCUAUGACAGGACUUGUAAAAUAUGGGACACCGCAUCCGGAGAGGAGCUGCAUACUUUGGAGGGUCACAGGAAUGUUGUGUACGCCAUCGCCUUCAACAACCCUUACGGAGACAAGGUUGCCACAGGCUCCUUUGACAAGACCUGCAAAUUGUGGAGUGCUGAAACAGGAAAGUGUUUCUACACGUUUAGAGGGCACACUGCAGAAAUCGUCUGCCUGGCCUUUAACCCUCAGAGUACCCUGGUUGUUACAGGCAGCAUGGACACCACAGCUAAAUUAUGGGAUGUUGAGAGUGGGAAAGAGGUGUCCACAUUGGCGGGUCACUUCGCCGAGAUAAUCUCUCUCUCCUUUAACACAACGGGCGAUCGUUUGGUCACAGGGUCGUUUGACCACACUGCCAUUCUGUGGGACGUUUCUUCUGGCAGCAAAGUUCACGUUCUCACAGGCCACAGAGGAGAAAUCAGUUGUGUUCAGUUCAACUGGGACUGUUCCCUUAUCGUCACAGCCUCUCUGGAUAAAACCUGCAAGGUGUGGGAUGCAGACAGUGGUCAGUGUUUGGCUACUCUCCUGGGUCAUAAUGACGAAGUGCUGGAUGUGUGUUUUAACUACACUGGUCAACUGAUCGCUACGGCCUCUGCUGAUGGUACAUCAAGAGUGUUCAGCGCAGAAACCUUCCAAUGUUUGUGUCAAUUAGAGGGCCAUAAAGGAGAGAUAUCGAAGGUGUGUUUUAAUCCACAGGGGAGCCGUGUCUUGACGGCGAGUGUGGAUAAGACGGCUCGUGUGUGGUGCGUGAACACAGGAGCAUGUUUGCAGGUGCUGGAGGGACAUUCUGAUGAGAUCUUCUCGUGCGCUUUCAACUACGAGGGAGACACCAUCAUUACAGGCAGUAAAGACAACACCUGCAGGAUCUGGCACUGAAAGAGCGGCCUGAACUUCGAUCUUACAGUAUUCCUUCACCUCUUUUGAUUGAGAUAUUGUGUGUCUUCUCAUCACACUGCCAUAGUAUUUCUGUUCACAAGUACAUGUAUGUGUGGAGAACAUUACGCUAACACUUCACUUGAAGCCUUUACAUAUAAUGCGUUAUAAAGCAUUAUAUCUUUCAUGAAUAACUGUAAGCAGAGUUUAAAUGCAUUAUAGUCUUUGCAGAUUCUUUAUGAAUAGCAUUAAAUAUGCUUUUUAUGGGUGUAAUGAUGAAGGUUAUGAUUAUUCGUGAGAUCAUACAUUAUAAGAUGGCAUAUUUAAUGCAUUAAAAUUCUUUUAUAAUGCAUUAUAUAUAGAGCUUCAAGUAAAGUGUUACUGACAUUAUUUUUCACCCUUAAAGAAUAUUCUGGGUCAAAUACAAGUUAAAAUCAUAUGUGGCGUGCUGUUGAUUAUUAUAAAAAAUGUGACAAAUUUUUGAUUUCUUACUCUGUUAUUUUCUUCUGUAUUUAACCUGGACCAUCUCUAUUUUAGCAUGCAAGUCUAUUUUUAGGUUAAAGGAAUAGGUGACCCAAAAUGAAAUUUUGCUUACAGUGCACUCAUCUAUAAGCCUAGUUUGUGUCUUUGUGGGAACAGACUUGGAGAAAUGUAGCAUUACAUCGCUUACUCACCAAUGGAUCCUUUCGCAGUGAAUGGGUGCCGUCAGAAUGAGAGUCCAAACAGCUGAUAAAAACAUCACAAUAACUCCAGUCAAACCAUUAAUGUCUUCUAAAGUGACAAGCUGUGUGUUUGUAAUAAAUCCAUCAACUUUAAACUAGAGGUCAACCGAUACCGGAUUUUACCGAUACUGAUAACUAGGUUGGACCACACUGACUGAUACCAAUUAAUCGACCGAUAGUUUUUAAGAUGAAUACUUAAACGGAAAAUAAAUAGUGCUCUACUACUUAAAAAAAAGUAGCCUACUGAACCAUACUUUGUAAAUGAAUAAAAUAUUAAUAUUAAUUAUAUAUUGAUCAUUAUAGUUAGUUCAUUGUUCAUUAAUGUUAACAAAAGCAACUAAACUUUUUAAAAUAUAUCAGUAAAUGCUGAAAUUAACACACUCUAACAAGGAGCAAUACUUCUAUUCUACAGCUUUUAUCAAUCUAUAAAAGCUGUAGAAUAGAAUCACUUUAUAUUGUAAAGUGUUACGAUUACAUCAACAAUCAAGCUAAAGAUGGCCAUCUUUAAAUAUCUACACAAAGGCCACAGUAUUGCAUACAUAUGAAUAUUGUGCACUUUUACAAUUUAACUGCUUCUAUUCUAGAACAUUUGUGGUUAUCUAAUCAAAAUAUAAAAAUAUGUUAGUCACACAACAGGCAAAAGUGCAGCGCUACAUCUAGAAGAACUGGCAGCUAUCUAGUAUCACACACACUGGACACUUCGCGUUCAAUUCAAGCGGCGGUCUACAAGACUGUAUUUGAUCACCAAACGGGCAAAAGUAUACUACUGUCCUUUUUCCACUAAUGCAGCAUCUAGACAACAAAUUCAUCGCUUAGUAAUGACAUGAAAACAUGCACUACAGUAUACUGUACUGUACUUUAAAACAUUGUUGUAGAUGUUUUAAAUCCGCCUUUGAAGUGUCCCGCUCUGUGCAGCAAGCAGUCACGUGUCCAAACAAAUGGCACGUGCUGUCAGUGAUUUCUGCCACUAGAUGCCGCUCUCUUUAUUUCUGUAUAACAAAGACUAUAGGGACUUUGCUGUGUAAUGACGACCUUCUCAGUCGCUCCAGCAACGGACCCAACCCGGAAAAAUCUAUCGGCAUGGAUAUUUGCUGAUAACCGAUAGUUCCGGCAACACUGAUAAAUUGGUUGACCUCUACUUUAAACUAUAACUUCUGUCCAAAAUGCAAGAUGAAAUGUUUUUGUUUUUUUUUCUCACAGGAGGAAGCAAUACUACCGAUAGAGGACUCAUAUUUUAGCCAGAAACAAUGGUUUGAUAGAUUUGUAUUUUACAAACAUGCAGCUUUUUGCUUCACAAGACAUUAAUUGAUGGACUGGAGUGGUGUGGUUUACUGUGAUGUUUUUAUCAGCUAUUUGGAUGGCACCCAUUCACUGGUGAUCCAUUGGUGCUACAUUUCUCCAAAUCUGUUCCAAUGAAGAAACAAACUCAUCUACAUCUUGGAUGGCCUGAGACGGAGUACAUUUUCAUUUUUGGGUGAAUUAUUUCUUUAA